AUGAACAAAGCAAGAGAAAGUCAAGAAUUUAAAGAGAAAGAACUUGCUUCCAAACAAAAAAAGAGAGAAAAUUCAGAGACAAAGCAGAAGGACAGAGUAAGUACAUUAAAAAGUAUGAACAAAGCAAGAAUAAAUACAGAAUUUAAUUUAAAAGAAAGAGAAGCAAAAAAGAGCAAAAGAGACAAUGUAGAGCAGCUGGAGAAAGAACGGCUCUGUAAACAGCAAAGUAGAAGAAAUAACAGAGAAAAAGAAAGAGAAAAUGAAAGGGUUUCUAAAGCUAAAAAGAGGCUUGAUACAGAAUUUAAAGAGAAUGAAAGCAGAUUGGUAAAGAAAAAGUGUCAUGCUCUGAAAGAUGAGAAAAUUCCAAAACUUUCUGUUAAAAAUGGAAUGAAAUGGCCUGAAAAACCAGAUGUUUUAAAUUUACACCCACUGGAAGAGAGAUUAAUAUCUCAACGAAUACCAUUUAUGCAAAUAAGAGAAUUACCAAGAGGAGGUCAGAUGUCAGUCAAAGGAAAUAUUGUAAAUGUACCAGUAGAUAUUCAGCCAACUGUAAAUGCCCUCCCACGACAAAUGGAUGAACAUGUGACUAUAGCAGUGAAAUUAAAGAAGAGAUUAUCUCACAAGUCAGCAUGCUUCACAGAAAAUGUUCGUCCAAAUGUUGUGUUAAAUGCUUUACACUGGCUUAUGAAAAAUUCUGAAUUGUAUAAGAAUUCAGGUAUCGUGAUAGACCAUUCUUGGAGAGAUGAAAUUGAAAAAAGUACUGAGGAAACAGUACAAGAACUGAUAGGAUCUUCAAAUGAUAGAGAUGAUCGUGAAACUGAAGGUAAUGAUGAUGGUUUUUGUGAAGUUACUUCAGAUGACUGUAUCCAAGGCAAUUCAGAUACACUUGUUGAUGAAGCAGACAUUGAUACAAAUAAACUUUAUGUGUUUGCUCCUGGUGAAAAUCAGAAACCAGUAAGUUUAUUUACAGAUAAAGGUGCAGAAUAUCUCUGUUUUCCGACAAUAUUUUGUGGUCAUCGUAGAACUGAAAGUAAAGAAAGAGUAGUUCCAGUACACUACAGUGAUAUUGCAAAAUGGGAGUUGCGCAGUGUUGAUAGACGAGCAGCACAAUCUGUACCCAACAUCUUUUUUAAAUUAAAGAAAAUUCAAAUAAAGCAAGUUAGUGACAAAGUAAACUUGGCACUAAGAAGAUGUAAAUCAGAGGGCAAAAAAAUCACUGCAGAACAAGUUUUAAAUCCAGCCUCAGCAGAAAAAAUUGUAAGAUUAAAUGAAGGGUAUUAUAUUUUCAGAACACUUAGAAAUUCUCCUGCAUAUCUUUCAUCAAAGAAAAAGGAUGUAUUUGCCAUGAUAAGGCAGUUAGGUCUUCCAACCUGGUUUAUUUCUCUUUCAUCAGCUGAUACCAGAUGGCAAGAUUUGCUUAAAACAUUGGCAAUGUUAGAUGGAAAAUCCAUGUCGCAAGAAGAAUUAGAGGCUAUGAGCUGGAAUGAAAAAUCUAAACUAGUAAAACAAGAUCCAGUGACAUGUGCAAGAUUCUUUGACAACAGAGUUCAACUUUUCAUCAAUACCGUUCUUAAGAGUCCUCACAAUCCUCUAGGUGUUGUCACUGAUGUGUUUCGAAGGGUAGAAUUCCAGAAUCGAGGUUCGCCACAUAUUCAUAUGCUGGUAUGGACAAGUGAUGCUCCAAAGCAUAAGGAAAAUAGCAAUGAGGAAAUAGAAGCUUUUGUAGAUAAAUAUGUCACAUGUGCUUUGCAGGAAAAUGAUUGUCAAAUGAAGCAGCUUGUAGAGCUUCAAGUACAUAAGCACUCAAAAACUUGCAAAAAAGGUGGUAGAUCUGUAUGCAGAUUUGGAUUUCCAUUGCCACCUUUGCCCAAAACCAUGCUUCUUGAACCCUUGGAUUUUGAUGUUGAGCAUUAUAGAAAGAUGUAUUCUGAUAUUCAGAAGAAAAUGAAUGAUUACAAAGAUGGUUGCAGUUUAGACUAUGAGUCCUUCUUAGAGACUGUUGUAGAAAUGUGUGAGGAUGAGUAUAUAAAAUGUAUUCGAGCAUCCCUAAAAGGUCCCAAAGUGUUUCUAAGGAGAAGUCCAUCAGAAAUGAGAGUGAAUUACUACAAUCCAUCAGUGUUGAAGGCUUGGAAUGCUAAUUUAGAUAUUCAGUUUGUACUCGAUCCUUAUGCCUGUGCCACAUAUAUUGUUGCUUAUAUCAGCAAAUCUCAAAGAGGAAUAAGUGCUAUGCUUGAUAAGGCAUCUCAAGAGGCUGCAGAGGGAAAUAUGGAUCUUAAACGACAAGUUCGACAUAUUGGAAACAAGUUUUUGAACUUUGUUGAGGUCAGUGCACAAGAGGCAAGUUACUUGAUCCUGCAGAUGCCACUUACACAAGCCAGUAGAGAAGUUGUUUUUAUAAAUACUUCACCACCUGAAGACCGAGUUUUCUUACUCAAACAUCAAGAUGAAUUGAAUGAGUUACCAAAAGACUCGACUGACAUUAAGUCAGAUGGUAUGAUACAGAGAUAUGCAAGAAGACCAAAGCAACUAGAAAAUUGGUGCUUAGCUGUUGUUGUUUCAGAGUUGGAAGUCACUUUUCCAAAAGAAAUGGAAAAAGAUGUGCAAGAGGAAGUGAAUGAUGAUAACCCUGAAGAAGAUUCUCAAGAGAACAUCUUUUCUGAUGAGGAUGUUUUAGUUCAUUUGAAAAAUGGGAUUAAGAUCAGAAGACGAAAAAACAAACGGGUUAUUAGAUACGUAGGGUACAGCCAAAAAACAAAUUCUGAACAGUAUUACAGAGAAAGAAUUCUUCUCUUUCUGCCUUGGAGAAAUGAGAAUACAGAUCUAUUUGGUAGUUGUCAAACUUAUGAACAGCAUUACAUGCAAAAAGCAAGUAUGAUACAAAUGAAGCAAAGGCAGUAUGAGCAUUUUGUUGAUGAAUUAGAACAAGCUCGACUUCAAGCUGAAGAAGAUCUUGAUGAUCUGGAGACAGUAGCACCAAAUACAGAGCAUGCUGAGGCAGAAGAUGCAGAGAUAGGUUCUGAACCAUCUGAGGAAUUUGUUCAUUUUGAUCCUGAUACAGUUCAGCAUAGAGAUUUUGAUAUAGGUCCAGACCUGGGUUUGUCCUCAAAAGUAUCUGAAACAGAAAUGAGUGCUGUCCGCAUUCCUGAUGACCAGUAUUAUAAACUUUUGCAAUCCUUGAAUACAAAGCAGAGAGAAUUUUACAAUCAUGUGACUAACUGGAUUCAAAACAGAGAUGAACCAUUAUAUGCUUUUCUUACUGGUGGAGCAGGUGCAGGAAAAUCUGUGGUUAUUGAUGCCAUUUUUCAAACAUUACACAGAAUACUUUACUCAAAAGAAGGAGAAAGUCCGGAUGAUAUUAGAAUAUUACUUUGUGCUCACACUGGCAAAGCUGCAUACAACAUCAAAGGGACUACUAUUGCAUCAGCAUUUCACAGGAAAAUGUAUCAAACACAGCAGCACAUGGGUGCAGAUGAAUUGAACUCAUUUAGGACAAAGUACAGGAAUUUGUCAGUUGUGAUAAUAGAUGAAAUUUCAAUGGUUGGAAAUAAUAUGCUGACAUUUAUAAAUGAUAGACUCCAACAACUUACUGGUAGAAAACAAGACUUUGGUGGUAUUAGCAUCAUAGCUGUAGGUGAUUUAUAUCAGUUACCACCUGUUGGAGACAAGUGGAUUUUAAAUGACCUUUCUAAUCCUGGUCAGAGUUUAGCAAAAAAUUUGUGGAAUGAGCAUUUUCAUAUGCAUGAAUUAUCUGAAAUUAUGAGACAAAAGGACGACCUCAGAUUUGCUGAAAUGUUGAACAGACUUCGUGAAAACAAGAUGACAGAUGAAGACAAAGAACUUAUUUCUCAACGCAUCAUUAGGCAAGACUCUGAAAACUAUCCUAAACAGGCACCUCAUCUAUUUAUCGAGAACAAGAAGACAUAUGAGAGAGUUCAAUUUCCACUCCAACCAUCUGCUGGAAAAACAAUCCACAAAGCACAAGGAGCAACUCUUUCAAAGGCAGUUAUCAGCUUAGCACAGACAAAACAGCGCAAAAUUCCUCACAUACAUUAUGUUGCACUUUCAAGGAGCAGGUUGCUUCCACUUGUUCACAAAGAUGAAAAAAUUGUGAUGAUGGGAGAUUGUAAUUUGGAUUUGAAUACUGGUCAGUAUGAACAUUUCCUAAACUUUAUCAGAGAAAACUUUGGUUGUGAGCAAGUGAUAAACAAGAUAAUCCUUAAGCUAGCUAAUGAUAUAGGUGCAGUUGUAUUUUCCAGUAUCAAAAACCCUCUAGAGCACAACAUAGGUAGUAUGUAA